UAGACCGCGGAGCGGGAAACAACCACCUUUUGGCAUUGUGCGGUGUGGCGAAAAAGUCUUCUCGCGCCACGAUUUUGGGUGUCUCUCUCUCUCUCUCCCUCUCUCUGUGAAGUGAAAGAAAAGUUAUUUUAGCGAAAAAAUCCAUCUAACAAACAAUUACAAGACCAAAUUUCGUAUGGAGAAUUUCAAGGCUGACAUAUAAAGAUUUUUCGUAAUUCCUCGCGCCAGCCAAUGAUUUCAAUCAGUUUUAAAUUGAGCGUUAUUUGAAGAAAUUCCAUGUAAUAAUGGGAUUGAGUAGAUUGAAUUAUGAACGCUCAGUGCAGUAAAUGGUGAUUUUCGUGUGUGGCGGAACAAGUGGGCGGAUAAUCUAUGCUGUAUUUACAUAUGUUAAAUCCGCAAAACAAAACCCCAGAAGAAAGUGAAUUGUGUGCAGUGGAGACCCAAAUAGUUGCGCAUUGCAUCAACAAUCAUGCUUUUUUUCUUGGAUGUUUCAUCGGAGAGAAAAAAUAGGUUGUUCUUCAUCACUUUGGGGUGGCUAAAUGUCAACGAGUAUGACAUUCCAUCUCAACAAUAAGCCAUAAAUCAUCGCCGAGAAGUAUUCGUCGAGUUGAAUUGCGCGAGAUCAACAGUGGAAAAUUCUUCAGCAUCGAAUAUAAUCCGCCGCUAAGGAUGGCCAUGGUCAAUGUGUGUAGUCUCAUUUUCGUUCUCUUGAUCGCAGUCAGUGAAGCAAUUGGUCAUCCCGCUGCUCAAAGUGACUUGAUUUCCGGCCAGGACUUUCUGUCGCUGUUCAGCGAUAGAAAGGAGCUCGACAGAGCGGAGUACUUGAGACAACUGGAGGAGGAUGACACGAUGCUGCCCAUCGAGAAGCUGUUCCUGUCCACUGAAGAGAUGAUGGCCGAGAGCACCAAUCACUAUCCGUUGGAAAAACGUACAAAUCGCAAACUGGACACCUUCACGGCAACAGCCACGCUGAGACCCGCUCCCGAGGCGGUUGACGCCAAUAAAUCGCAACUGCAGCUCGUUAAGACUGGAAGCAAGAUUGUCUUUCUCGAGCCCGAGGACGCCAAGGACGCGGAUGACGACAAGGGAGUUCGAGUGCUCGGCGUGAGUGUCUCAUCGUCUGUUGCCCAGCGAUCGACACCGCAGAGGGAUUUCCCUGUGGAAGUCACACCGUCGCGCCGGUCGGGCAGUGAUUUUUCCAUCGAGGAGGAUGAACCGCUGACGACCAACAAAGAGAUUGCGGAUUCGGCCAAAGAGGAGUCAAUGAACGUGCACAGUUUCGUCGCACCACCUGAAUCAGGUGUUGUGUCGCAAGUGGCUCAACAGCCGUCGCAGCAGGUGAGGUCAAGGACUCAGCGCAAGCAAGAUGAUGUUGUCCCCUACCAAGCCAUAAUUUAUCAUGAUAAUGACGAGAAGAAAGAGCGCACGGCGCUGCCUCGUUCCAUUUCCUACACGUCUGUGGGUCAAUCUGUCGGCGAGUCGAAAUUGUGGUCGCAGCCCGAGAAGAUCUACGGCGAGCCGUCGAAGAUCUACUCUGUACCGGCCAAGAUCUACGGCCAGCCGUCGAAGGUGUACUCAGAGCCCGCGAAAAUAUAUUCAGAACCCGCUAAGAUCUACUCAGAACCGGCGAAGGUGUACUCAGAGCCCGCCAAGGUCUAUGGCAAACCGGCUAAGGUGUAUGCGGAACCACCCACAACCACACAAUCGCCGGCGCACACGUCCGCGUCGCCGUCCAGGAAGAUUGUCUUCAACCUGGACAAGUUGCCCUACGAUCUGCUCAACCGCCCGCAGAGCACGCGACCCACGCACUUCAUCCCCAGCUCCACGCCAGAGACCAGGUCCACCACCAGCGCCUUCGAGGCGUACGAAGGCCCGACGCCCGAGCAGAACUAUGAGGUGGACGAGGCCGUGAGCGUGGUGACGAACGGUCGGCACCACGGCGUCCAGUCGCCCAGUGCCGCGACGCCCACGGAAGACGCCAAGAAGGUGGGCUACGUGGUGGAGGGACGCAACUUCCGAAAGUAUCGCGUGGAGGAGAAGACGGCCGACGGGUUCAUCGUGGGCGAAUACGGGGUGGUAAGUCACGAUGAUGGCAGUCUGCGCGGCGUGCGAUACACCGCGGAUUCCACCAUCAGUCCGAGUCUCAUUUACAACGCUCUCCUCAAGUUCUUGUCCCUCUGAACUUUGAAAGUAUUAGGAAAGAGUAAGAAGGUCAACUAGUUAGGAAACAAAUAUGAUUUUGCUAUAAAACGAACGAAUGUAUGCCAUAGUUUAGACGAUUUUCCUGAAAGUGAAAAUAAAGAAUGAAAUUCUCUUAUUGAUAAGUCAAGCUUAGAUAGAAUAUUGUAAUUUUUCCUCCUUAAUUUAAAAUUAGUAAAUCAUGUUAUUUGAUAAAUUGUGUGAUAAUAGGAU